AUGUAUUUGCCGGCAGCUGGGCUGGGCACGCGGCACACGCAGACGUUGCUGCUGUUUCUGUCGAUGCUGCUGCUGUACUGCAUGCGCGUCAACAUCAGCCUCGCCAUCGUCGACAUGACAGACACCACCAAAGAGGGCCACUUCGACUGGAGCCACAGCGUCCAGUCUAAAAUCCUGUCGUCAUUCUUCUGGGGCUACAUCAUGCUGCAGGUUCCUGCUGGCGAGUUAUCGCGUCGCUACGGCGGGAAGAUCUUCCUCACCAUUUCCAUGAUCAUGAACGCCGCAGUUUCCUUGAUAACACCACUAGCAGUCAAACUCGUAAGUAGCAAGCAGGAUACAGUUACUAGUGCGUGCUCUGAGAAGAAGAAGAAAGGUGGUUGGAAGUUGAUCUGCGCCUGCCGCAUGCUGCAAGGCUUCUCGCAGGCGUUCCUGUUCCCCGCCACGCACCACCUCGUCACGCAGUGGAUACCCUUCGAGGAGAGGGGCCUCCUCUGCAACGUCAUCUACGCGGGAGGGAAGCUUGGAGUUGCUCUGCAGCUACUUUCUUCAGGAUUUAUAGCCUCAGCUUGGGGCUGGGAAGCUAUUUUCUAUACAAACGCGCUACUCGGAGCGAUCUGGGUCGUCUGCUACUUGAUGUUCGGCUCCGCGUCGCUGGAGACGAGCAAAGCUAUCUCAGCCAACGAACUCAAAUACAUUCAGGUGUCUUUGGGAAGAGUCGGAGAACAAAAGAGAUACCCGACGCCGUGGCGCAGCGUGGUCACCAGCCUGCCUUUUCUGGCGGCGGUGGUGGCGCACUGCGGACAGAACUGGGGCUUCUUCACGCUGCUCACGGAGAUCCCCACAUACAUGUCGAAAGUCCUCGGCAUGGACAUUAAAAAAAAUGGGAUGCUUUCUUCGUUGCCGUACCUCGUGGUAUAUCUGCUGAGCUUCCCGCUGGGAGCCAUGACCGACUUCAUCAUUAAGAAGAACUGGUUGAGCGUCACCAAUACGAGAAAACUAUUCAAUACAAUCGGUCUGUGGGGGCCGGCGCUGGCGCUCAUCGCGCUGAGCUACACGCCGGCCGGCAACCUGCCCCUCGCCGUCGCCAUGCUGACCCUCACUGUCGGCAUCAACGCCGGCAACUACACCGGGUAUCUGCUCAUCUUCAUAGACAUAGCGCCCAACUUCAGCGCGUCUCUGAUCGGUAUAUCGAACUUCUUCGCCAGCAUCAGCGUCUUCUUCGUCAGCAUUGACCGUCGUGACGUUAGACCGUGCAACAGCGCUGUUGUGCAAUCUGCAGUUUUAAAUAUAAAAGUAGUGUUUUAA